AUGCCGCCCCCGGCCAACCAUUCCCUCCCGCACUCCCUCCCCCUCACCCUAAUCGUCGCAACGACCCCAAUCCGCGUCGCGUCCUCCACACCCCUCAAACUGCAAGACCCAAAUGACACACCAACAACGCGCCUGGGAAUCGGCCUCAAGGGAACCCUCCCCUGGCCUCGCAUCAAAGCCGACAUGAGCUUCUUCGCGCGCGUGACAUCCCGCCCCCCAACACCAGGCACCACGAACGCGAUCAUAAUGGGCCGCAAGACGUACGACUCCGUCCCGAAGCAUCUACGCCCGCUAGCGAAGCGGAUAAGCGUUGUGAUUACGCGCGACCAGACGGGCGCUGUGAAGGAGGGCGUUCUGCAGGAACUCCAGGCGCGGAAGGCGAAGAUGGCUGCGACUGCUAAGGCGAAGGCUGAGACGGAUGUGGAGAAGAGUCUUGAUGCGCCCGCGGAUGUGGUGCCGGAGCCGAUUACGGAUGCCAUUGUUACGCCGAGUCUGGAUGCGGCGAUUGGUGAGCUUGAUUCUGUGUAUGGGAAGGAAGGGAAGCUUGGGAAGAUUUGGCUUAUUGGUGGGGCUGAGAUCUACGGCGCUGCGUUGCGGAUGGAUGCGAAGGAGGGCUCGGAGGCGCUGCAGAGGAGGCCGGUUAGGGUUGUUAUGACGAAUGUGCUGCGGAAGGGUGCUGAGGGUGAGGCGUCGUUUGAAUGUGAUACGUUUUUCCCGUUGGAUGGGAUGACGGCCCAGAAUGGGUGGCGGAGUGCUAGUCCAGAGGAGGUUUCGGAGUGGGUUGGGGAAGAGGUUUCAGGGGAGUGGAAGAAGGAGGGGGAUGUUGAGGUUCAGAUGGUUGGGUAUGAGCGGUUACAUUGA